GGACCAAUUUAUUUGUGGCAUCAGAGUCGCUGAGAGUACCUGAAAACAGUUUGAGACUGCUAUAGAAACAAACCUAUAGUAAAUAUAAACGGAAUUUCAAAUAUUUUAUGCUAGAAUUAUACAUUCUACUUCAUAAAAAAUAAAGAUGCGUUGGGUUACUCUUAUAUUAUUUUUCUCUAUCUAUUUGUGGGAUUAUCGUGCAACUUGCAAUCUAUUGGGUCUUUUUGGGUACCAUCCAACGAAUCCCACUUUUUCUAUAACGAUCAUAAAUAAUGUAAAAUAUUGGGUCAGCAAUUACAAGGCAACUCAAGAACAAGCUUCUGAGUAUUGCAAAAUGUAUGGAAUGAAACUAGUUAGCAUAUUGGAUCAGGAAAAAAGCAACGACGUCACUUAUUUGAUUAGAAGGGAUCCACAUAACAUUUUCGAAAAAUACUUCUGGACAUCCGGAAAAAGACAAGCCAACAACGUCUGGACCUGGGGAGAUAAUCAACCCAUGAUUUAUACCAACUGGAUACCUCUACAUGAAGGUAUCAAUCUAUUCUGGUCUCCACGUUGUAUGUAUUUGAAGUUCAAUGGUAAAUGGAAGAAUAUCUGGACAUGCAAUACCAGACUUUUCUUUAUUUGUGAACAGCCCUACAUAGAGAGCUUUGAAUCAAAACCUGUUACAACUGUAAACGUAGACGUCAGCAAUCAUCAGAUGACUCCCGUCACUUACACAACGUCGACUGAUCCUUCCCUUUCGAUUGAACCCCGCUUUGAUAAUAUACAAGCCAUUUGAAUUAAAUAAAUAAUAUCUUGUGAAUGUUUUCGAAUCUUCAAAUAAACUGGAAAGCUAGAACA